UCGAAAAUACUCUUAAUUCUCGAUGUAUUUCAUUUCCAACAUUUUUUUUAAAUUCAUUCUUUAAAAAAAGAGAAAAAAAACUAAAUUCAACAAUUGGGUUUCUUUCUUACAUAACCAAGAUUUAAAAAUAAAUAAAUAAAUUUCAUGGUCAUAUAACAUUCCACUACUUUUCUUUUUCAUUUCAUUUCUUCCUAAUUUUCUUGCCCUUUUUUAAUUUUUGGUUGCUAAAUCCGAAGAGUCCACAGCUUUUCUUUCUCUCCCCCAAUCUCUCUCUGAUUUUACCCUAAAAACACCCACCCCCCUUACCCCCCUCACUCAUGUUCAUUUCCUACAUAAACCUCCUCACUUUCUCUCUCUUCCUUCACUCCUCUUCUUCUUCUCUUCACUCCUUUCUCUCUCUAAAACCCCACCAUACCCUUUCUUUCUCUCUCUAAAAAAGCUUCGAUCUUUCCCCAAAUCAAUGGCCGCCAUUGUUGUUUUCUUUCCAUGAAUAACUCUAACUUGAUCAAAACUCAAUCUGGGUUUUCCCCUCUUAUACCAAAACUCUCUGUUUUUAGAGUUUUUAUCAUCAUCUUAUAAAAAUGGCCGACAUUUUUCUGUGUGAUGAGAGUAAAGAUUUCUUCUUUGAUGAUGAUCUUGAUGAUUCUUCUAGUGGGCCCGUUGAUUUCGAUCGUCAAUCCUCAGAAAUCUUCAUCAACCAUCAUCAUCAUCAUCGUCAACUCAGUAAAUCUCAGCCGUUGAUUGUUUCCCCUGAAGAACAGAGUAUUGAUGAUGAUGAAGCUUUUGCUUCCAUGGUGGAAAGAGAAAGUUGUUACUUUCCCAGAGAAGAUUAUCUCUUCAGAUUCCGAUUUGGGGAUUUAAACUUUGCUGCUCGAACUGACGCUUUUGAUUGGAUUUUUAAGGCGCAUUCUUACUACAGUUUUGGACCAUUGAGUUUUUGCUUAGCUGUGAAUUAUUUGGACAGAUUCUUAUCAACAAGAGAAUUACCCAGUGGUAAAGCAUGGGCAGUGCAAUUACUAGCUGUGGCCUGUUUAUCAAUUGCAGCCAAAUUAGAAGAAACUAGUGUUCCUCAAUCUGUGGAAUUUCAGGUUGAAGAUCCAAAAUUUGUGUUUGAAGCAAAAACUAUAAAAAGAAUGGAGCUAAUGGUGUUGGAUACAUUAAACUGGAAAAUGAAUGCUGUGACACCAUGUUCUUUCAUAGAUUAUUCACUCAAGAAAUUAUGUGAUUAUCAUAAUGAUAAUUUUUACCUGUCUUCUUCUAGUAAUGUGGUGAAUAGAUCAAUGCAGCUCAUUUCUAGCAUUAUUAGAGGUAUUGACUUCUUGGAAUUCAAGCCUUCAGAGAUUGCAGCAGCUGUUGCCAUUUCUGUUACUGCUGAAAUCCAAUCGUUGGAUAUUGACAAGGCUUGUUCUUGUUUCAUUCAUUUGGACAAGGGAAGGGUGAAACGGUGUGUGGAUAUGAUCAAGGAAAACACGAUGAAUAACCGGAAUGAGAAUGUAGGGGUGGUGGUGGUGCCUCAAAGUCCAAUUGGGGUGUUGGAAGCAGGAUGUUUUAGCUAUAAAAGUGAUGAAUUAACAACAACAUCAACAACUACAACUACAACUACAGUUGUUGCUGUUGGGUCAUGUGCAAAUUCUUCUCAAAUUACUGGAAUUAAAAGGAAAAAAAUAGACACAUCAUCAUCAUCACCUAAGUUGGACUCUUAAUCAUCAUCAUAAUCUGAUUUUGGGGAUAAUUUUUAUAAUUUUAAAAUUAUUUUUUUAGAAAUUUAUGACAAGAUUUUUGGUUUGUGCAUCAGUUUUUGGUUGAAUGAGAGCUUUGGUGUGGUCCUUUAGAGGUGGGCCACCCCUUAAAAUAAAACAUAGAUACAAAGGCCCAUCUUCAAAGCCCACAUACCAAAUGAGACAAACAAAAGUUAGAGAGAAAAAGAGUGUACUUUUUAGAGAGAGAAAGACUGAUGCAAUUGCUAAUCAAGGUUGGAAACUCAGAAAUUGAAGAGGAUUCAUGCAAGAGUCAUGGUGAUGAACUGAUGAUGAUGAUGAACAUGGUAAAAAAAAAGAAAAAGUUACUUCUUGGAAAUACAGAUGUUAUGUUAUUUUUUGUUGUAGAGUACCUCAAUGAGGUAAAAAAAAAUGAGGGGGUGGAAAAAGAUUAUGAUCAAGAGGGAAAUUCUUUUUUCUUUUUUUUACUUUAUUUUUUUUUCUUUAUUUAUUUACUGGGGACAUAGAGUAGUAGAUAUCAAUCAAUUCUCUUUUGGAAAGAAAUUAGAAAGAAAGACAAAAACAGUGAAUCACAAGAGGAAGUGCCUUUUUAUUGGUAUAUAUAAUUAUAGUCAAUAUUUUUCCCUCCCAAAAAAAAUUGUAGUUAUUAGUUAUUGUAGUCAAAAUUCUAAAUUAUUUAUACUCCCUUGAAUAUCUUCCCUUUCCUUUUGUUAAUUUUCACCCUUUCUAUAUUUUAACUAUGUAUGGUGAACUUUGAUCAAAAGUAAUGAAAUAUAAUCAAGACUCCAUUUUUUUUCCCCUUUCAAUAAAUGGGGUUGAGUCAGUUUUUGUA